AUGGUUGUUUCUGCUUCUGCGGAGCUUCUUUGGUUUGAUGUUGGGAGUUUCCUUCAUGGGUUGUUUCUCAAACUUGGAUUUUUUCACCUUGUGGGAGCCUCCUUUGUUUAUUUCUAUUCAAAGUGUGGGUUUUUAGAUGAUGCGUGUAACGUGUUCGACGAAAUGCCUGAGAGAGAUGUCGUUGCUUGGACUGCGAUUAUAUCUGGCCAUGUUCAGAACGGAGAGAGCGAGCGAGGUUUGGGUUAUCUUUGCAAGAUGCUUAGUCUCGGUUCUGAUGAUGAUCAUGAGAAGCCUAAUCCCAGAACUUUGGAAUGUGGGUUCCAAGCUUGUGUGAAUUUGGGAGCUUUAAAGGAAGGGAGGUGUCUACAUGGGUUUACGGUGAAGAAUGGUUUAGCUUCUUCUUCUAAAACUGUCCAGUCUUCGAUUUUUUCAUUCUACUCGAAAUCUGGUGGUGGUGUUCCAGCUGAGGCUUAUCUUUCUUUCCGAGAACUUGGUGGGGAUGAUGAAGAUAUCUUUUCAUGGACUUCUGUUAUUGCUUCACUGGCGAGAUCAGGUAACAUUAAGGAAAGUUUUGAUAUGUUCUGGGAAAUGCAAAACAAGGGAGUACACCCAGAUGGUGUUGUCGUUAGUUGUUUGAUUAACGAGCUAGGUAAGAUGAUGGUUGUAGCUCAAGGUAAAGCCUUUCACGGGUUCGUCAUAAGACGUUGUUUUUCUUUAGACGGUACAGUUUGCAAUUCGUUGUUGUCCAUGUACUGCAAAUUCGAGCUUCUGUCAGCGGCUGAGAAGGUUUUCUGUAGGAUACCUGAAGGAGGAGGGAACAAAGAAGCUUGGAAUACAAUGCUUAAAGGCUAUGGUAAAAUGAAAUGUUACGUAAAGUGUAUCGAGUCAUUUAAACAGAUUCAGAAUCUAGGUAUUGAAAUUGACUCUGCUAGCGCAGCCUCUGUCAUAUCAACAUGUUCCCACAUAGGAGCGGUGCUACUAGGGAAGUCGUUGCAUUGCUAUGCUGUCAAAACUAGCUUGGAUCUUACUAUUUCAGUGGUUAAUUCCCUCAUUGAUUUGUAUGGAAAGAUGGGAGACUUGACUGUCGCUUGGAGGAUGUUUUGUGAAGCAGAUACGGACAUUGUCACUUGGAACGCAAUGAUUGCGUGUUAUGUUCAUUGUGAGCAACCCGACAAAGCCAUUGCGUUGUUCGAUAGAAUGAUUUCUGAGAAUUUCAAACCCAGCUCAGUAACUUUGGUGACUCUGCUUAUGGCUUGUGCCAAUACUGGAUCUCUGGAGAGAGGGCAAGUGAUUCAUCGGUACAUCACUGAAACAGAGCAUGAGAUGAAUCUUUCUCUUUCAACUGCUCUGAUUGACAUGUACGCGAAAUGUGGCCACCUUGAAAAGUCAAGAGAACUGUUUGAUGCUGCAAAUCAGAAGGAUGCCGUUUGUUGGAAUGUGAUGAUCUCAGGUUACGGAAUGCACGGACAGGUUGAAUCGGCCAUAGAACUCUUUGAACAAAUGGAAGAGUCUGAUGUUAAACCAACCGGACCUACAUUUCUCGCCCUUCUAUCAGCUUUCACGCACGCUGGCUUAGUUGAAAAAGGCAGAAAUCUACUUCUCAAGAUGCAUCAGUACGAUGUGAAACCAAACUUAAAGCAUUACUCUUGCCUCGUGGAUCUUCUUUCCCGGUCUGGUAAUUUGCAGGAAGCUGAAACCACAGUGAUGUCUAUGCCAUUCUCACCAGACGGCGUCAUAUGGGGAACAUUGUUGAGCUCAUGCAUGACUUAUGGGGAGUUUGAGAUGGGAAUUCGAAUGGCAGAACGUGCGGUUGCUAGUGAUCCGCAGAACGAUGGUUAUUAUAUAAUGCUGGCGAACAUGUACAGUGCUGCGGGUAAGUGGGAACAAGCAGAAAGGGCACGAGAGAUGAUGAGGGAAAGCGGAGUUGGGAAGAGAGCUGGACAUAGUGUAGUCUAA